AGUUAAAAAACGAGAGCCCAAAGUCCCAUAGGCAUAUCAAAAGCAUCCAAGGAUCUCUCUCCCUUCCUCUCUAUCAUCUCUGUGGCAGCAGCUCAUUACAUUUGAAUUGAUUUCUUUUAAAAAUGGCUGCAGCUUCAAACAAAUCUUGUUCAGUACAACCUACCUUCUAAAUUCUCGAAAUUAAAAAAAAGUACUCCUUCCAAUGGCAGCUGCUUCUGUUGCAAAACUUGUCUUCAUCACUUCUCUCCUCCUCUUCGUAUUCGUUCCAUCUUCUGAUUCUUCAUCUUUGCAUAAUCUGUUCCUAAGGCGGCAGGCCACAAUCCUUCUCUCUCUCAAACAAGCAUUCGAACCUCCCGAAGACUCUUGUCUAACUAGCUGGAAUGUUUCAAACUACAAGUCACUCUGCACUUGGACUGGCAUCAAAUGUGACGCCAAGAACACAUCAAUCCUUUCGCUCGAUAUAUCCAACUACAACAUUUCUGGCUAUCUAUCGCCCGCAAUCAGCGAUAUUCACACCCUCGUAAAUCUCUCUGUCUCCGGGAACAGCCUCUCCGGUACUUUCCCGGUUGAUAUUCACAAGCUAGUUCGCCUUCAGUUCCUCAACAUUUCCAAUAACCAGUUCAAUGGGAGUCUCAACUGGCAAUUCUCCAAGUUGAAGAAGCUAGUAGUUCUCGACGCGUACAACAACGAGUUCUCUGGUUCACUCCCAUUGGGUGUUACCGAUCUUUCCAAGCUGAAGCAUUUGGACUUCGGCGGGAAUUACUUCUCGGGCAAAAUCCCUCCUGUCUACGGUAGCCUGGAGAAUCUCGAUUACUUAUCAUUGGCGGGGAACAACUUGGUUGGUUAUAUACCGAAACAGCUCAGUAACCUUACUAACCUGAACCAGCUUCACUUGGGUUAUUACAAUCUGUUCGAUGGUGGAAUCCCAGCAGAAUUGGGUAACUUGGUAAAUUUGGUUCGUUUAGACCUUUCGAGCUGUGGGUUGAAAGGACCAAUACCACCAGAAUUGGGCAAUCUAAACAAGCUUGACACACUCUUUUUACAAACUAAUCAACUCAAUGGGUCAAUCCCAUCAGAACUAGCCAAUCUGACAACCUUAAAGUCUUUUGAUCUUUCAAACAACGGGCUCACGGGAGAGAUCCCGGUCGAGUUAUUCUCAGGCCUAAAGGAGCUCACCCUCUUGAACUUGUUCCUCAACAAGUUCCACGGGGAGAUUCCCCGCGUCCUUGCUGAGUUGCCCAAUUUGGAAGUGUUGAAACUUUGGCAGAACAAUUUCACCGGGUCCAUUCCAUCGAUGCUUGGACAGAACGGUAACCUGAAGGAAAUCGAUCUUUCUACGAAUAAGCUCACGGGAUUAGUACCUAAAUUUCUCUGUUCUGGAAGGAGGCUGACGAUCUUGAUUUUGCUCAAUAAUUUCCUUUUCGGGCCUCUACCCAAGGAUCUGGGUAAAUGUGAUACUCUUUCAAGAGUUCGUAUUGGGCAGAAUUAUUUAAGUGGGUCGAUACCGAACGGGUUCCUUUACUUGCCUCAGCUCUCACUCGUGGAACUACAGAACAACUAUCUCACUGGCCAACUUGAGCAACAGAGGAGCGAGUUACCUAUGAAACUCGGCCAGCUGAAUCUAGCAAACAAUCGGUUAUCAGGUUCACUUCCUGCUUCUAUUGGAAAUUUUUCUAGCUUGAAUAUCCUGCUGUUAAACGGGAAUCGCUUCAUAGGGGAUAUACCAUCCGAUAUAGGGAGGUUAAAAAACAUAUUCAAGUUAGAUAUGAGUAGAAACAACUUCUCUGGACAAAUCCCAGCUGAGAUUAGUAAUUGUCUUAUGCUGACUUACUUAGAUUUGAGCCAAAAUCAGCUCUCAGGCCCAAUCCCAGAUCAAAUUGCUCAAAUUCACAUUCUAAAUUACUUGAAUAUCUCUUGGAACCAUUUGAACCAGAGCCUUCCCAAGGAAAUUGGGUUGAUGAAAAGCCUAACAUCAGCAGAUUUCUCACACAAUAACUUCUCCGGACCAAUACCUGAAACCGGCCAGUAUUCAGUCUUCAACUCCACUUCAUUUAUUGGCAACCCUCAACUCUGUGGAUUCUACUUGAGUCCAUGCAACGACUCAGCAACCUCACCAAUACGAGUUGACAAGCAAAACAAUGUCAACAAAUCAAAGGUCUCCGGGGAAUACAAGCUUAUGUUCGCUUUGGGACUUUUAAUUUGUUCAUUGGUGUUUGCUGCCUUGGCAAUUAUCAAGACCCGAAGGGUACGAAAGAAUUCCAAUACAUGGAAGCUCACCACAUUCCAAAAGCUGGAAUUUGGAAGCAAUGACAUAUUGGAAUGCUUGAAGGAGAACAAUAUAAUAGGGAGAGGCGGAGCCGGGGUUGUUUAUAGAGGAGAAAUGCCAAACGGAGAGAACAUAGCAGUGAAGAAGUUGUUGGGGAUAAGCAAAGGAUCUUCUCAUGAUAACGGUCUCUCAGCAGAAAUAAAGACACUGGGCAGGAUUCGGCAUAGGAACAUCGUUCGGUUACUGGCAUUUUGUUCAAACAAAGAGACAAAUUUGCUGGUGUACGAGUACUUGCCAAACGGAAGCUUAGGUGAAGUACUUCAUGGGAAGAGGGGUAUGUAUCUUUUGUGGGAUACGAGGCUGAAAAUAGGCAUUGAGGCGGCGAAAGGGAUUUGUUACUUGCACCAUGAUUGCUCCCCUUUGAUACUCCAUCGCGAUGUCAAAUCCAACAACAUAUUACUCAACUCUGAUUUCGAGGCUCAUGUUGCUGAUUUCGGACUGGCUAAGUUCUUGCAGAACUCUGGAACCUCAGAGUGCAUGUCUGCAAUUGCUGGCUCCUAUGGCUAUAUUGCUCCAGAAUACGCUUACACGUUGAAAGUCGACGAGAGGAGCGACGUUUAUAGCUUUGGAGUGGUACUCCUGGAGCUUAUAACGGGGCGUAGACCAGUGGGUGAUUUUGGAGAAGAUGGGAUGGAUAUUGUCCAAUGGACGAAAAUCAAGACAAAUUGGAGCAAAGAAGGGGUGGUAAAGAUACUCGAUGAGAGACUGAAAAAUGUGCCGGUAGAUGAAGCAAUGCAGGUGUUCUUUGUUGCAAUGCUGUGCGUUCAAGAGCACAGUGUGGAGAGACCAACCAUGAGGGAAGUUGUCCAGAUGCUUGCUCAAGCUAAACAACCCAAUACCUUCCACUUGCAGUGACUGAUCAUCCUCAUCAAACUUAACUUGUAAUAACAGAAUUGACCUUCUAGGUUAUCCUCCAAUGCAGCUUUGGUAGUUGAGGAGUUUGAGGUUGAGUGGCUCUGCUUAAGCUUUAAGGAUCAAAGAGAGCUUUGCAGAUCAAUAACCAACUUGUAAUAGUAAAACCUUAAGUUUUGAUCUUUCCACCCUUCUUUUAGUCUUUUUCUGUAUUUUUUUUUUCUUUCGUUUUUUCUUUCCGUUCUAGCUAGUAUUGGAAAUUCAUGCGUGUGUUUCUAAUUUCAUUUGGUUGCCACCAUGCAUGCCAUGUAAACAUGAACGAUGAAAUUGUGUAUGAAUCACGCUUCUUAGUGCAUGCAGUCUGCACGGUGCGGUUUGUUC